CCGCUGGUCAACCGCGUCUGCCGUCUUCCACUGCACACGCGCGCGUCUCCACCGCCCGCGUUCUCCAUCGCCCGCGUUUGCCGGAAGCUGCCGGAAGCCGCGAGCUAAGCGAUGUUCAGCUUAAGACCGCAGAGUGCUACGACGCGACAGGAGAUUGAGAUGAUCAAUAAGGCCCAACGGGCCGUACAAACCACCACGGAUUCCAUUGAGAAGCUGCGUCUACUUUGCCUGGCUAGGGGUGCCAAUGGCAUUCUUGGUCUGGGUAGGAUAUUCCGUCGUCUGGACGAGGAUGGUAACAAGAAGCUAAGUCUCGAGGAGUUCACAUCGGGUAUAUCGGAGACCGAAAUGGAACUCUCCGAGGAUGAGAUUGGCGAAGUCUUUCAGAAAUUCGACACCGACGAGGACGGAAGCAUCAGCAUCGACGAGUUCAUCGUCGGCAUAAGACCGGCGAUGUGUCAAAGCCGCAGAGAUGUGGUGGAUCAAGCGUUCCAGAAAUUGGACAAGACCGGCGACGGACGGAUCACCAUCGACGAUCUACGAGGAGUCUACAAUGUGAAAUAUCAUCCGCGUUACAUCAGCGGUGAGGAGAGCGAAGAGAGCAUUCUGAAUAAGUUCCUCUCGAAUUUCGAGCACGGCGGCAACGAGGAUGGCGUUGUAACAGAAGAGGAAUUCAUGAAUUACUACAGCGCUAUUAGCGCGAGUAUAGACAACGACGCAUAUUUCGACCUGAUGAUACGCAAUGCUUACAAGCUGUAAAUCACGAUCUCUCCAUCUGCAUCUCGCGAGAUAGCACGCCUUGCCGGUCCCGCGCGCAUCUGUCUGUAAUUCUACUAUUAUAGUUGCCGAGAGCAUCGACAUCUAUAAAGUCACUAUUUCGCUAACCGAUGUAUAAAUUUCUAUAAAUUAAUAUCGUUGUCAUGAGUGCCCUUAGUUUGUUAGACCAGCACGUAUUCCUCUUAUUGUAAUCCAGCAGAAGAACACGUUAUACUAAUGUUUAAUAUUGAUGCGUGAAUUGUUACCGACAAACUUCGUUAAUCGUUAAUUUAUUGAAGUGUAUCCUCGAUCGAGAAGAAGAAAAAAAAAGUAGAAAUUAAGCUUAGGGGGUUUCUUAUAGAAAUUAAUCUGUUGAUCCCCCCCCCCCCCUAAUUUCUUUCCCUUGUCGAGCUACACGCCGGACUCGCCGCGAUAACUCGUCCAUUUCGAAAACUUGUGAAAAGUUACGACGUAACUUGCGAAAACAGAAGCGAGAGACAAGUACGUGUCCGACAAUCUUUUCUUUCUUCUUCCUCGACGCUGUAUUAGCUAUUUAUGAAAGAAAAAAAAGUUGGUUAUAGGGUCCAAUUUUACAGCGCGACUCGCGGUGGACGCGCCAUGCGCGCUCGCAUUUUCUUUCUUUUUUUUAACAUUCCUGUUUAUAACUCCUAUAUUUGUUCUGCGAAUAAAAAUACAUGCGACUGUA